GGCUGCUUCACAAAACCAUCGAACUCAGAUCCCACUCACUGAUCGCAUUCGACAUUUCUAGAGAGAGAGAGCUUAUUUCCAGAGAAACCCCAUUCAUUACUGGCAAGAGAGAGAGAAUGCACGAUUUUUGCUUCACCAUCCCUUACGGGCUUGUACUUCUUACAGGAGGAGUCAUUGGAUAUGCUAAGAAGGGAAGCCUUGUAUCUUUAGCAGGAGGUCUUGGGUCUGGUCUUCUGUUGCUUCUCUGUGGUUUCAUCAGCUUACAAGCUUUCCAAAAGCGCAGGAACUCUUACCUAGCUCUGAUAUUAGAGACAGUGUGCUCACUUUUAUUAACUUGGGUUAUGGGACAACGAUUUGUCGAAACUUCAAAGAUAAUGCCAGCUGGAAUAGUUGCUAUACUCAGUGCUUUGAUGACGGGAUUUUAUCUUUACAAGAUUGUGGUGGGAGGUAACCACAUCCCACCAAAGGCUGAAUAGUUUCCAGAAUCAGAGCUCCCUGUACUUAAUGAUUCAUGGGACAGCUGUAUGCUUGUUUCUACUCUUUCUUGUCCUCCUCAACAGAACUGUAGGUUUCUAUGUAUCUGAUAUAUGAUCAGUAUGCUUAUGUUGUACUGGGUUGUUUCUACUCUUUCUUGUCCGCCUCUUAACAGAAUUGUAGGUUUUUAUGUAUCUGAUAUAUGAUCUUACAAGAAUCAAUGGAUAUUGAAUGACAAAUUAGCA